GUUCCUCAUUUUCACCCCGGCAGCCAGCGGCUUUCACAUCCGGGCGGCUCUCUUGCGCCUCUUCAAUCGCAAUCCGCUUCCCUUCCCUGCGCUCUCGACUAGGGGAGGUCCGCAGGUGCAGAAGAAUCCCCUUGAAUCGUGGGGUCUCCGUGAGCGUGUGGCACCGGGCCUCCGAGACGCUGCUUACCCCGCACAGCCGAUCGCACAUGACGCUGUCUCCGCCGAUGGUGGUGCACGGCGCCGAGCGCUCCCCGUCGGUGCGACAUCCUCGCGCUCAAGUAGCAUCGCAGGCUACCGUUAGCUAACAUCAUCGAUCUCUCCGCUACUCCACCCCCUCCUCUCCCCGAGAUCGAUCCCCGCUGUCGAUCCAUCACAUCGGUUUUCGGUUGAUAGCGAACACCGGCCCACGGUGGGCACCCCUCAUUCCCGGACCAGCGCAGGAAGGCCGCCUGUUUCUCCUCGGAUUUGGGGCCCGCAAAGAGCAACGUUAGCCUCGGAGUUUAGACCCGUAAUUUUUAGACCACCGACUUCCUUUCCAGCCCCCUCUGUGGCCUUUCAGGGGUUCGGUUCUUCUCUACCUCAGUGCCCCGAUGCUUCCCCGUCCCUGUGUGUAACCUCAGCUGCUAAUCACUCCAAGAUCCACCACCCCCUCCCCGUCUCUGCUGCUUCUGUUAACCCCACCAAGGAGUGCUGCUCGGCGGGCAGUGACUGCGGCUUUUCCCGGCGGACAUCCCUGGUUUUCUCAUCAUUCCUGCCUCCACUUUUCUGACUCUGGUUGCUUAUCUCUGCACGAUAGCUGGCUGGCCAGCUCCGCUUUACACCCACACACGUUAUCCCCAUUCAUACAACCCCUCCACCCCACCCCCCCAUUUUAGUCUGCCAUCCACAUCCCAGCAGAUCUCCGUGACAGGCGCCCCACGGCACCCGAGCCACGGGUCUCGCCAUGCCGGGUCCGGUGGCCGGUAGCAAAGCCCGUGUGUACGCAGACGUCAACACGCUGAAGACCCGCGAGUACUGGGACUACGAGGCCCACGUACCCAACUGGAACAACCAGGAGGACUACCAGCUGGUUCGAAAGCUGGGCAGAGGGAAGUACAGCGAAGUGUUCGAGGCUAUCAACAUCACCAACAAUGAGAAGGUGGUGGUCAAAAUCCUGAAGCCUGUCAAGAAGAAGAAGAUCAAGCGAGAGAUCAAAAUCCUGGAGAACUUGCGAGGAGGGACCAAUAUCAUCCGUCUGGUGGACACAGUGAAAGACCCAGUGUCCAGAACGCCAGCACUCGUCUUUGAAUGCAUCAAUAACACAGACUUCAAGGAGUUGUACCAGAAGUUGACAGAUUACGAUAUCCGUUUCUAUAUGUAUGAACUACUGAAGGCUCUGGACUACUGUCACAGUAUGGGAAUCAUGCAUCGUGAUGUCAAACCUCACAAUGUGAUGAUCGACCACCAGUUGAGAAAGCUACGUCUUAUAGAUUGGGGUUUGGCAGAGUUUUACCACCCGUCCCAGGAGUACAACGUCAGAGUGGCCUCACGAUACUUCAAAGGCCCUGAACUCCUCGUGGACUACCAGAUGUAUGAUUACAGUCUAGACAUGUGGAGCCUGGGCUGCAUGCUGGCCAGUAUGAUCUUUCAGAAAGAGCCCUUCUUCCACGGACAAGACAACUACGAUCAGCUGGUGCGGAUUGCCAAAGUCCUGGGGACAGACGAGCUUUUCGGCUACCUGCGUAAAUACCACAUUGAGCUAGACCCACGCUUCAAGGACCUCCUAGGACAGCAGAGCAGGAAGCGCUGGGAACAGUUUGUGCAGACGGAGAAUCAGCACUUGGUGAGCCCCGAAGCUCUGGACCUGCUGGACAAGCUGCUACGAUACGAUCACCAACAGAGACUGACCGCCACAGAGGCCAUGGAGCACCCCUACUUCUACCCUGUAGUGAAGGAGCAGUCUUUGUCGAAUUCUGACAGCAACAUGGUUUCCAGUGGCAACACUACAGCGCGAUGAAACACAGAAGCGGAAAAAGAAGUUUGUUACCUCAACUUUGUACCCGGUUGUGACAGUGACUUUGACAAGUGUACAGUGACAAUGGAUCAAAGUAACUCUGACCAGUUACACACUCACAGAUACACACAUCAGUGCAAGCACACCUCUACAUGUACAAACACAGAUGCAGACGUGUAUACAUAAACCCUCCUCCUCUGUAUCAGUCUGUGAUUGGCUUGUCCUGGUUCCCUGUCCAGCAGACCUGACCAGUGAGCUUGAAGCUGCUCCACCCCCUCCACCCAUUGUCCCCCUCAGCUGGUCUCUGUCCUCACAGCUCAGUUUCAUGUUGGCCAGUGAAGACAAACUACAAUUCAGUCCCUCCUCCUCCUCUUUCUGUCCAGCCCUCCUUUAUAGCGCCCCCCUCUUUGUUUGCAUCAGCAUGGAGAAUGAACAGGAGCGUGAACCUGUACAGGUCCUGCCCCCGACCCUAACUCGUCUGUCUCCUUCCUGUUUUUUCCUCCCCACCCUCUUCCCCCUUCAGACAGACAGGCAUCUUAGCACUACUCCAGAUCUGAAAGUGGCAUGGUGGACUCUCUCUAGAUAGAAUGAUGAUGAUGAUGAUGACGAUGAUAAUAAUAUUAAUAUUAAUGAAAAUUAAAUGAUUUUUAUUUAGAUGAA